AUCUGUGCAAAGGACAUCAGUGAUGAUCUGAUGAAAGAGUUUGCUUUUCUGUCUGGUGGAAGGGGCAAGGACAAGGCCUGGAUCAUCACCCUGCCUGACAACGCUGGCUUCAACCAGGUGCCCGAGGAGAGCGUGGCCAGAGUCCUGAGCUACCUGACCUCAGUGCCCAGUCAGCAUGAGUCUGACACUAAAUUUAUCCUAAUCCUGGACAGAAGACUGGACACCUGGACAUCAGUCAAAACAACUCUCCAAAAAAUAGCAGCAUCCUUCCCAGGGAACCUGCACUUGGUGAUGGUCCUGCGGCCCACGGGCUUCUUCCAGCGCACCUUCACCGACAUCGGCUUCCGCUUCAGCCAGGAGGAUUUCCUGCUCAAGUUACCGGUGGUGAUGCUGAGCUCGGUCAGUGACCUGCUGACGUACAUCGAGGAGCAGCAGCUGACCCCCGAGCUGGGGGGCACCCUGGAGUACUGCCACAGCGAGUGGGUCAUCUUCAGGACGGCCAUAGAGAGCUUUGCCCUGACUGUGAAGGACAUUGCCCAGAUGUUGCAGUGCUUCGGCACGGAGCUGGCGGAGGCGGAGCUGCCCGAGGACAUGUUCUGCAUCGAGCGCCUGCUGGCCGUGCGCACCGAGAGGUACCUGCAGCUGAAGGAGGAGAUCACGGCAGUCACAAAAGAGGGGAAGUUGCUUUUGAGCAGUUUUGAAGAGCCAGACUCAGGGGAAUGCAGUCAGGACCAGCAGCAGGAGAGGCCUGGGGACUGGGAGACGGUGAAUCGGUUGCUUGGUCAGCUGCGUGAGAUGGAGACUGCUUUUGAUGGCUUCUGGGAAAAGCACCAGUUAAAAAUGGAGCAAUAUUUACAACUCUGGAAGUUUGAGCAAAGUUUUCAAGAGGUCAAGAGUGCCAUUGAAUUUUUAAUGGGGCAGCAGGCGGAGCUGCCCGACACCGGCGACAGCAUCCCCCAGGUGAAGCAGAGGCUCAAGGAGCUGGAGCACUUGGAUGGCCUGGCUCAGGAGCUGAUAGGGAAGGCUCAGGUGGUGAUCCUGCACGGGCACCAGCUGGCAGCCAACCACCACUACGCCCUGAACCUGAUCUGCCAGCAGUGCAACGAGCUGCGGCACCACUGCGACCUCCUGGCUGAGCACGGCAAGAGGAAGCAGCUGCGCCUGCAGAGGACCCUGGAGCUCCACGGCCGCCUUCAGCAGGCUCUGCAGUGCUGUGAUGAAGGUGCCUACCUGCUUGCCAACCAGCAGAUGGACAAGUGCCAGUCUAAAGAAGGUGCUCAGAAAGCACUCCAGGACAUAGAAAGAUUUCUUGAAAGCUCUUCAUCCUACUUGAACUAUGAUCCCCAAGCCCUGCAGGACGAUUUUGAGUCGGUUUUGACACCUGAGCUGAAGGGCCAGGUGCAGGCGCUGCAGGGGAAGCUGGACAGCGUGCGCAGCAUGUUCGAGAGCAGGCAGUGCUGCUUCAGGAGGCUGCUGGACAAGCACGUGAGGCCCGUGCAGCUCGUGGCUCCUCGGCCAGAGACCCCACCCCGGGCCAAGUCACCCCUGUUCUCUCCUAAGCACGGUGUAGAUUUUAAUUCCAGUUUGAAAUUUUCAUUUGAUCUCUCUCUCCCUGGGAAGAAAACUUCAAGAAAAACUCCAAGUUCUCGCAAGAUCGAGGUCAUGCACGACUACCAGGAGAAGAGGAAUUCCUUGCAGUACUUCAUUUCAGACAGUGAGGACAGCUUGGAUGUGCUGAAAGGGCAUGUGAUAAACGAGCUUAUAGAAACAGAGAGGGUGUAUGUGGAGGAGCUGUUCACUGUUCUGACGGGCUACAGAGCAGAGAUGGAUAACCCUGCCAUGCUGAUCCUGCUGCCCCCCGUGCUGAGGAACAGGAAGGAUGUUCUCUUUGGAAACAUGCCCGAGAUCUACGACUUCCACAACAAGAUUUUCCUGCACAGUCUGGAAAGCUGCCUGGGAGCGCCCGAGAGAGUGGGAUGUUGUUUCCUAGACAGGAGGGAGGAUUUCCAGAUGUAUGAGAAGUACUGCCAGAACAAGCCCCGCUCCGAGUCCCUGUGGAGGCAGUGCUCCGAGAGCUCCUUCUUCCAGGAGUGCCAAAGGAAAUUGGAGCACAAGCUGGGGCUGGACUCCUACCUGCUCAAACCCGUGCAGCGCCUGACCAAGUACCAGCUCCUGCUGAAGGAGCUGCUAAAGUACAGCACGAGCUGUGAUGGAGUUCAGGAACUUCAAGAAGCUCUGGUUGCAAUGCUGGAUUUGCUGAAGUCAGUCAAUGACUCCAUGCAUCAGAUUUCAAUCACAGGAUAUGAUGGCGACCUCAGCGAACUGGGGAAGGUAUUGAUGCAGGGAUCUUUCAGUGUUUGGGCAGGACACCGAAAAGGGCCCACAAAGAUGAAGGAUCUGGCCAGGUUCAAGCCCAUGCAGAGGCACCUGUUCCUGUAUGAGAAAGCCUUGGUCUUCUGCAAGAAGAGAGAGGAGCAUGGAGAUGGAUAUGACAAAACCUCAUCUUACAGCUUUAAGCACUUUCUGAAAAUGAAUGCAGUUGGGAUAACCGAGAAUGUGAAAGGCGACCAUCGGAAAUUUGAGAUCUGGUACAGUGGCAGAGAGGAGGUGUACGUGGUGCAGGCCCAAACAGUAGAUCUGAAGAUGGCAUGGCUGAAUGAAAUAAGAAAAAUUUUGUUCAAGCAGCAAGAGCUUAUAAAAGGGGAGAAGCAGCAGCCUGGCUCGUGCUCGGAGCAGCUCCCACUCUCCUCCCAGCUGGGGGACAGGAAGCAGCAGAGAGCCUCCAUCAGCUCGGAGGAGAACGACUCGGAGCGCACCAGCCCGGUGCUGCUGUCCCCCCAGAACAAGCCCCACAGAGGCUGGCCGGGAAUGUCCCAGUCCCUGGAGAUCUGCGAGGGGCUGGAGGAGUGGGCGGGCCAGCAGGAGCUGUCCAACUGCUCGGACACCGAGGAGGAGGAGGGCACCCAGCUGUCUCCAGGAAAGUACAAAGCCCUUGCAGACUGCAAGAGGAGGGGAUCAGAGGACCUGCUGGUGAAAAACGGGGAUGAAAUUCAGCUCUUGCAUGAAGAUGGUGAGGGACAGUGGCUGGUGAAGAACCUCAACAGAAGAAAAGAAGGCUGGAUCCCCGUGCACAGCCUGCAGAUUGUAGUCGGGGACUGCAGGUUUCGGAAUGCCAAAGUCGCAGAUGCUGCCCUGUGUAACACCAGAAAGUUUAGUUCCCCUUGAAUUGAGGGUGAACUAGCAGCAUCCAUUUCCGAUGCUCUUUGGAGGCUCUCAGCUCAGUGUUACAGAGAAAUAGCACAGUAGUUGGAGCUGUCCUGUCCUGUUCAUCACAUUCACAGACUCCACAGCCUCAUCUGCACUGAGUGGGACCGGGGUCCUAAGCAGCUUCUCAUGCUCAUAAAGGAAGCCAUUCUCUGCUCUUUGGUUUUUUUUGCCUGUGGAAAUUGUGGUAUUUUAUUCAUUUUUCCUGCUGUUUUUCCAUGACAUACAUCAUGUUUCAUCAGAGAAGUACACUACAGUUUCCUGACACUUUGUUUAGAUGCUUGAAAUCUCCUCUGCAGGUUGAAGUAGGUUUUGCCUACUUACUAGCUGACAACUGUUGAAGAUGCAAACGAGAGUUGAGUUUUGGUAAACCAAAAAGAAAAAAAAAAAAACCAAACCAAGAAGCUGUAUGUCCUGCUUAAUUGAUUUUAUGGGUGGAUUUUUCUUCAAUAUCUGCUUCAGCUAUGUGAAUGUAAUGUUCUGUAGGAGCAUCAUCUGGCUGACUCCACGUGAGGAAGCAAUAACACAAAGAUCCUCUUUUUGCACUUAGGGUCUGACUCCAGCCCACUGCAGUCAGCCUCCCUGACUUCAGUGAGGUCUGGGUCAGGUCAGACUGACACCUCAGGGUUGUCACCGAUCACUUAGGGUCCCAAAGCGUCCCAGGGCUGAAACCUGUAUCUAGCAAGUGUUGAAGUUUACAUUAAUGUAGGUACCUUUGGAACACGUGCCAUAAAUCCAAGCUAAAUGUCCAUGUUUGCACUAAGGAUGUUCUUGUGAUAAGACUUUUUCAGCAUCUUUAACAAUAAUGUAUCUAUUGAAUUUUUGAGAAGGGAAAAAGAAUGUUGGAGACUGAUAAUUUAAUUUUGUGUUUCUUUGUCUAGUUUUGCUUUUGUAGAACAUAGGUUGGUACAGGUGGUUUGAACUUUGAAGCAGCUGUGUGCAAAGAGCACCUGAGUGUGUGGAGAGCAGGGUUAAUGGUGUGCAUGCAGUAGUGAGUUUGCUCUGCCCCAGCCAAAGGAAAUGUUUAUUCCAUGGACUAAAGGGGGACCUUUAUGAUCUGAGUUUGAUUUGUGAGCUGGCCCUUGGACAGUCCCAGGUUAAGUCAGAGCGUGCUGGGUUUGUUUAGUGCCUGUUGCUGUGUGGAGCAGUUGCUGAGCUGCUGGCUGGGCUGGCCUGGGGCUCCCAGCCCCCAGUGGCUGCUCCUGCAGGACUGGGUGAGCCCUGAGCCCCUCAGAGCCGGGACCAGCUGAGCCUGAGCUGAGCAGCACCAGAGCCCAGCCCGGGCCCUUCACUGGAGCCACAGUGCAGAGCUGUGCAGCCACUGAAGGCUCUGUUCCUCUGCUUCCAAAUCAAUCACAAUGCACUAAUGAGGUGGGGAAGUCUUAAUUACUGUUGGGGCUCUUUAUAGUGGUUACAAUUCUUGUGGUAACAAUACACAUUUUGAGGUACAAUGUAAAUAUUUGUCUGAAACAUAGCACACAUGGCAUAUUGAAUGAUUUUAAUCUUUUUUGUCUUCCAUAGUUUUAAAUCUAAGCUUUUAUUAAUUUAUGAGGUUGAUAAGUUCUGCAAAUCUGAAUGUACAGUCUGAGGUUUUUAACGUUUGAAACUUUGCACACAUGGUAUGUUCCCCUGAGUAUGCUGUUGAACUAGGCUCUCCAUGUAUAUGUAUAAAUUACAGUAGAGAAUUUUCUCUGACUGCAAGUUUAAAUGAACUAUAUUGUAUAUGUACCUGUAAAAAUGUGUUAAAUCUAUAUUUAAAGAUUAAAACUUGUUAAAUAAA